AUGUCUAGCUUAAUAACAGGAGAUUGGGUUUCUCUGGAAAAUGAUGUUUACUUUAGGAAAUUUGAAGUAUAUCAAAUGGAAUGGUCACACGACAUUGAUAUUGAUAAUAUUGUCGUAAGUGCCGCUCCCUACGGAGGACCCAUCGCCAUAAUGCGUGAUAGAAAAAAAUUAGUUAAAGUUCAAGUUACCGGAAAGCCUUUAAUUCAAAUAUUUUCUUCUCCAGGGAAUAUUAUCUCAUCCAUUGUGUGGAACAGUGGAGCACUCAUACAAAUAGGAUGGUCUUCCGAUGAAGAAUUAUUAUGUUUAAAGGAUGAUGGUACGGUUCUUGUUUACGACAUGUUUGGUAACAGACAGGGUUUAUUUUCAAUGGGAGAAGAAAUCAGCGUGACGAAAAUAAUUGAAGCAAAAAUUUUUCCCAGUUUCAGUGGGACUGGCAUAGCAGUUUUAACAAGCAAAUUCAGAGUUUUUUUAAUUAAUUCAGUUAAAGAUCCGAAAGUAAAACAAUUUCCUCAAAUACCAAAUUCUUCCGAACCUUUAAACGGAUGGGAAAUAGUUUCGGAAAGGGAAACCAGUGUGAUCAUAUCGAAAGGCAGAGAACUUUUUUUACUUAAGCAGGGAAUUAAUCCGAUUAGAAUGGAACCAAAUUUUCAAGAAAAUUACAAAGGAAUCAUCGAUAUGUGCGUUUCAUUGGAUAAUAAACAUUUGGCUCUCUUAUCGGAUUCAAUGAUGCUGUGGUUGGGAUCUUCAGAUUUGGAAAAAAAGUAUUGCGAAGUUAACACUAAUUGCACUUGUAGACCUAAACAAAUUGUUUGGUGCAGUGCAGAUGCUGUUAUAAUUAAUGCUGGUAAUCAGUUGGUCAUAGUCGAAAGAGGAGGUGCUCAGAGUAGCUUUUUUACCACACCAGUACAUUUAGUUACCGAAAUUGAUGGCGUUAGAAUAUUAAGUUCGAGCAUGCAUGAAAUGAUACAAAAAGUGCCUCAAGUGACUAAAGAAAUAUUUGGUAUCAAUUCGACGGAACCUGGAAGUUAUUUAUUAGAAGCUAGUAAGCAGUACGAGAGAAAAAGUCACACUUCGUACGAAUACAUUGAUUUAGUGAGCGAUAAUUUGGAGAAAGCAGUCGAUCAAUGCGUCAAAGCAGCAGGUUUUGAAUUUGAUCCGGAUGUGCAAAAAAUGCUUUUAAAAGCGGCAAAAUUUGGGAAAACGAUUGCACCGGAUAUACCGUCAGAGCCAUAUGUUAAAAUGUGUCGAAUUCUCAGGGUUCUCAACGGCGUGAGAAAUAAAAAAAUCGGAAUUCCGCUCACUUAUUCCCAAUUGCACAAUCUCUCUUUAAGAAUUCUCUUGGAUAGACUAGUGGCCAGACGUCAGUAUAAAUGGGCGAUAGAAGUCGCAAAAUAUUUAAGAUUACCCGAAGAAGAAGGUUCGAGUCGGAUUUUGGCUCACUGGGCUUGCUACAAAGUCAAACAAACGCAUUUGGAUCAAGAGCAAGUGGCAAUAGAAAUGGCUGAAAAACUCGGGUACGCUCCCGGAGUUUCUUAUAGUAUCAUCGCGAGCAAAGCCGUUGAUGCUGGCAGGACUCAGUUGGCAAUCAAACUUUUAGAUUACGAACCUCAGGCUGCUCUUCAAGUUCCUCUACUGUUAAGACUCGGCCAACAGAAACCGGCUUUGAUAAGAGCAUUGGAUUCGGGAAACACGGAUCUCAUACACACGGUUAUAUUAAAAAUGAGAGAAACUAUGCAAUUGGCGGAUUUUCAAAUGACGAUAAGAGCUUUUCCGGUGGCUCAAAGUUUAUAUUUGAAAUAUUGCAGGGAAAACACUCCGGAAACUCUUCGCGAUAUUUACAGUCAAGAAGAUGAUUAUUUGUCACAAGCGGCUUACGCAUCUCUCACUUCGGCAAUAGAUUGUUGCGUGAAAGCGAAAAAUGAUUUUUUAAGCAACACGUGCAAGGAACAACAGAAAUUGUUAAACUAUCAGAAAAAUCUAGAAGAGAAAUUUCACAGGGAUUUCGUUGGUUCGAGUUUACACGACACUCUUCACCUUCUUUUAACUCUAUCCGAAAUAAAAUUGGCGGAAAAAUUAAGGUCGGAAUACAAAGUUCCGGAUCGAAGGUUUUGGUGGCUCAGGUUGAUGACAAUGGCCGAACUCGGCGACUGGGACGAAAUGGAAAAAUUUUCUAAAAAUAAAUCGCCCAUCGGUUACGAGCCUUUCGUAGAAAUUUGUUUGAAACACGACAACAAAAUGGAAGCUAAAAAAUACGUAGCGAAAGUAUCGAACGAAACGAAAGUGAAAUAUUACGUUAAGUUAUCAAUGUUCGAACAAGCCGUUCAAUUCGCGUUCGAACAAAAGGAUUUGGAUGCGUUGUUGUACGUGAAAAACAAUUGCGGAAAUGGCGACGAAUCCCUUUUGGAAAAAUUAAAUUCGUACAUUGGACAAUUGAGUAAAAGGACGAAAUUGUUUUGGUCGAAUUGA